UUUCAUGCAUUUUAAAUGUUACAAAGUGGACUUUGGAAUAAAAAAUUGUAAGCCAGUAAGACAUAAUAAUUGUUAUGAAAGCCUCAAGGUAUGUUAUCCACGAUGCAAACAUCUAACGGUUUUCUUGAUACCGACAGAGCUUGUAUAAGUUGAUACAGCCUUAUGGUAUAGUAGUAAUAAAAAAUCAUAUUUCAUAAAAAAAAUCUAUAAUAUACAUUUAAAAUACUAUUAAAACUAAAACAUAUUUAAGUUACGGACUGUUUUUUGAAAUGUUUUACUCAAAUUUCUUUAUAAAGGUGUACCUAAUUUAUAAUGACUGGCUAGAAAUAGCUAAUAGUUGUGUAGUUUUUUUUAAACAAGUAUUGCUAAAUUUCCUUUGGCCGUUUAAAUUAUUCAAAAUUCACUGGGAAAAUGGCAACGGCGGGCGAUCAAAAUAAAGAAUCAGCGUUUGUUCUGGUUUUGUAUCAUUUUCGCGUCCAACCAAAAGCUACUGGCCCAACUUAUGCGCUCCAACAGCCUUUUGCUACUUUAUGGGACAAUCUGAUAACUGUACUUUGGUCAGUGUAUGGCAAAGGGUCGAAAAUACAAAUAGGUAUAAAUCAACUUCAGUGGGCUUUGGAGUUCAUGAAAUGUAUGAAAAUUGACUAUGGGUACCCAGAGAGUAUAGAAAAAAUUGUAAAUGAGCUCGAAGAUCGAUUAAUAUCACUGUAUGCAAAAGUAGGCCAGAAACUUGCCGAAAAUAACGAGAGAAAAAAAACCGAAGAAGAAAAAGCGCAAAAUGAAAAAUCAGAAACUGAUGCUGCCAACGCUGAUGAGUCGAGCAAAAUAACAUCUUACAAUGAAAAAGACAUAAUAAGUAAAUUGGAAGGUCUGAAAUUGCCACUGGACCCAGAAACGGGCGAGAUAAAGUAUUUGACGACGUUAAAUUCUUUAGGCAAAAGGAAAUCAAAAGCCGACGAUUGCCCAAAUGACAAGAAAGAUUCGAAAAAUUCUCUGAACAAAGACUAUAUGAUUGGGGCAUUGAAAAAAGUAUUGACUAAGCCAGCGGAUGAUGCUAAGAACGAAGUCGAAGAGCUUAUUAAACAAUUGGAGGUCAAGUCAUCAGGAAAACCAAAAUAGUUGUUUAUAAAGUAUUAUUUUACUAACGUAAUAAAUAUUAAUUUGUUUAUAC